AUCGUGCUUAACGUAAUUACGUAGCGUUCUGUGAUGUUUGCGGAUGCGUAAAAAGAGCAGUUGAUUUAUUACAGCUUUAAAGUGUUUACUUGUAGGAUUUUAUGUUGAUGUGUACAUUGUUUUGUGUAUAUUAAAGUCUCAAUUGGUGCACUUUGGCGAUUUGUUUUUUAUGUGACACUAGAUGCGAUUGGAGAAGCUGCUGACCUAUCUGACUGACUACUACCAUGGACCAGGAACAGUCAAAAGAUAAUGCAGUUGAAGAACAUGAAGAAACACAGCAUACCGAACCAGAGAAAAGUGAUACUGAAACCAGACCCAAUGUAGUAAAACCUAAGAUGGCUAUACCAGGAACUGGCGAGCACCCACUGCAGUACAAUUACACAUUCUGGUACUCCCGCCGGACACCCACUCGACCUGCUAGUACACAGAAUUAUGAACAGAAUAUCAAGCAGAUUGGAACAGUAGCUUCGGUAGAACAGUUUUGGAAAAUGUACAGCCACCUUGUACGGCCUGGUGACCUGACUGGACACAGCGACUUCCACUUGUUUAAGGAAGGCAUCAAACCCAUGUGGGAGGAUGAAGCCAACAAGAAUGGAGGAAAAUGGAUUAUACGUUUACGCAAAGGGCUAGCAUCCCGCUUUUGGGAGAACAUCAUCCUAGCAAUGGUAGGAGAGCAAUUUAUGGUUGGAGAAGAGAUCUGUGGUGUGGUGGUUUCAAUUCGAUUUCAGGAAGAUAUUUUGUCAAUCUGGAACAAAACUGCUAGUGAUCAGGUUACAACUGCACGAAUCAGAGACACCUUACGACGAGUGCUUAACCUGCCACCUAAUACUAUUAUGGAGUACAAAACCCACACUGAUAGCCUCAAGGACAACUCCAGUUUCAGAAACACCAAGAUAGCAAUAUAGGAUGUGCACUGGAAUGGACCUGAGCUUCUGAAAGAAUGAGAGUUGGAGAGAUUCCAAAGCUCCCUUUUCUAUGUUCAAUCAAAGAAUGAGGAUUCAGUAGCACCUGAAGUAGAAGAAACUGAACUUUUGGAUUGCCCAUUGUGGAAUCCCCUUCAUGAAGACUUCCUUUCAAGAUGGACUCUCUGAAUCAUGUGGUUGUGCCUCUGUCUUACUGGCAGAACUUCAGUUACCUAGGUACAUCCCCUACAUUGCAGUGCCACGGAGGUUAAUGUUUGUAUUUAUCCUACAUAACCAUGCUGUUUUAUGCAGGUAUUGGUAAAUUGUUUGGUCUUACCAUCCCCUUCCAAAUGCUCCCAAUAGUUUGAAUAUUGUCACCUUCACUGUAUGGUUACUGAAUGCCAACUCGGUUUGAGAUUGAGGAAUGUGAUACCGAACAUGAGACUUUUAGCAGCAGUGCUGUAUUCCACAGUCUCACCAGUAGACUGACAAAAUGGACUUGCAUGAUAAUAGGUGUAAAGGCCACACUUGGAGACACGAUGUGAAGUUAGAUUACUGUUUUUCUUCAUGAUGUGUAUUAUGGGUGGAAGACACUUUGCCAUUCUUGACAGCUCAUCUUUGCUAAGUGGAGAAUGUAUACUAGUAUAGACUGUUUUGAGGGUUGCUUCUUCCUCUUUGUAAUGUUGGUGCUGUCAUGAAGUCCAUUUCAGGUUGGGACAUUCAGCAGCCAGUGUUAAACUGCUGAGAUGGUGUGUAGUAAAGUUUUAUUUUCUGAGGA